AUGGCACAUUUCCACCAUUGCAGCUCCAGCUCGUUCUUGCUGCUGUUCCUCUUCCUCUACCUCCUCACAUGGUGCGUGCGUGGAGAGGUCGCCAAUGGCGGCCACCAGGACCUGCCUCCUCUCCUCUCCUUCAGGGCGUACAACCCAGGCGCCGCCGCGCUGGAGAGCUGGGUCGGGGGCAACCCGUGCUCCGGGCAAUGGAUCGGCGUCAGGUGCAGCAGGGGCAGGGUGGUCGGGGUGUUCUUGGACAACGCCUCGCUGGUGGGCAGCGUGGCUCCUCUCCUCGAGCUCGCGCAGCUCAGCGUGCUCACCGUCAGGAGGAACUCCCUGUCGGGUCGUCUUCCUCCUCUGGACAACUCCACCAGCCCGAGGCUGAGGCACCUGCUGGUGUCCCACAACCGCCUCAGUGGAGGCCUCACCCUGUCGCUGCCUUCUCUCGUCACUCUGAGGGCCGAGCACAACAGCUUCCAUGGCGGGCUGCGAGCUCUGAGCGUCCCAAUGGCGAGGAGCUUCAACGUGUCGAGGAACAAGCUGGAUGGGGAGAUCUCCGGCGAGCUGUCCAGGUUUCCAAGCUCGUCUUUUGGCGGGAACCUUGCUCUCUGCGGCCAGCCUCUCCCGAGAUGUGUUCAUGCUUACAAUGCAUUAGGAGAUAGUGGCACGAAUGCCAGCACUAGUGUCAGCCAAUCUCCUUCUGCAGCAGCAAUGGACACUAGUGGUGGUGGUAGUCUUUCUUCUAGUAAUGGAGGACUGAGUAAGCUCAGUGUGACGGCGCUCAUGGCGACCGGCAUUGGCAACGCGGUGCUCAUCUUGAUCUCGGUGACUAUCUCUGUAGCCAUGUUUGUUUACGUGAGAAGAAAGCUUCGGUGCCGCAAGGAUGCGUCCGAUGCUGCAUUGAGCUUUGAGGAGGAAGAGAAGGUGAGGAAUGGAGAGGAGAAGGCGCAGAAGAGCGGCGGCGGCGGACUCGUCUGCUUCGAGGGCGGCGAGGAGCUGAGGCUGGAGAGCCUGCUCAAGGCGUCGGCGGAGGUGCUCGGCAAGGGCGUGUCCGGGAGCACGUACAAGGCGGUCCUGGAGGACGGCAUCGUGGUGGCCGUCAAGCGCCUGAGCGCGCUGCAGUUCCCCGGCCGGAGCAAGGCGUUCGACCGCCACAUGCGGCUCGCCGGUCGGCUGCGCCACCGCCACGUCGUGAGCCUCAGGGGGUACUGCAACUCCAACGGCGAGAGGCUGCUCGUCUACGACUACCUCCCCAACGGCAGCCUCCAGUCCCUCCUGCACGGCGGCAACGGAGGCGGCGGCGGCGCGAGGAGCCUGGACUGGGCGGCGAGGAAGGCCAUCCUGUUCGGCGCGGCGCAGGGGCUCAACUACAUCCACACGUUCCCGGCGCGGCCGUCGCUGGUGCACGCGAACGUGAAGCCGUCGAACAUCCUCCUGGACGAGCACGGCGCGGCGUGUGUCUCCGAGUGCGGCGUCAUGCGCUACGCCGCCAACAUCCAGCAGUCCAUCCCGCAGCCGCCGCGGUGCCCGCCGGAGCUGUUCCUGGACCGGGCGUGCGGCGGCGGAGGAGGAGGCUGGCACGGGUACGCGGCGCCGGAGCUGGCGUCCGGGGCCGCCGGCGCGCGCGCGACGCAGGAGUCCGACGUGUACAGCUUCGGGAUGGUGCUCCUGGAGGUGGUGACCGCCGACAAGGCCACGGACGGCGGCAGUGGCGGGGAUGGCGGGGAGGAGGAGACGAUGGGGUGGGUCAAGAUCGGCAUGCUGUGCACCGCCGAGGCGCCGGAGGAGAGGCCCAGGAUGGCGCAGGUGCUCGCCAUGAUGGGCGAGCUCGUGUGAAGUGAAGCAGCUGUGCAAUCAGUUAGACUGUAACCGAGUCAUUUGAUUGCUAGCAUUGCAUUUCUAGAGCAGAAGUGCCGUGAAGAAUCCUUCUUGAGUGGAAGAAGUACAUGUAUGAUGUAUGCAAUGGAAGAUCUUUGGGAAAUUUGUGGCGCAACCUGCUUAAUCUG